AUGUCUCAACCGAUUACAGAAGUUUCAGCCUGGGACCGCGGCUUCAGUCUUGCACCGUUUCUCGCGGGAGAUGCAGGAGCGUUGUUGGGGGAAUAUGCCAAAAUCUCGCCUGAAAAAAUUGAGGGCCACAUACGAGCCAUAGCAAAACGAGGAUGGGACAAGUUGCAUUACCCUUGCUUUAGGAUGUACACGUUUUUGCAUUUCGACCUAGCCCAGUCUCCAAUAUAUGAUGAAAUACUGUCCCGUGUUCGGAACGGCAGUGUGGUUUUUGACCUGGGCUGUGGCCUGGGUCAAGAUAUACGUCGCCUUGUUCAUGACGGUGCACCGCCAGAAAACAUCGUUGGUCUUGAUAUUUACCAGGAAUACAUUGAUCUCGGCUUCGAGCUUUUUCGGGACCGAGACAGACUGAGUUCAACCACCUUUAUCGCCCAAGACUUCUUUGACUGUCAUCUCAACCUGGGGCCAUGGGCCAAUCGCCAUAAAAUUGUCAAUUCUGGCUACUUCAUGCAUUUAUGGAAUUGGGAUGGCCAGGUUCAAGUCGCCAAGCGGAUCCUGGAGGCAUUGUGUUUGCAAAAGGACGAUAUUAUUGCCGGGGUACAUUUUGGCAGUACUGAGGCGGGUAUUUGGAACAAGGACCCUGUUAGCCAAGAUCCUAUGUACCGCCAUAACUCCAAGACCUUCUCAAGGCUUUGGGAGCAGGUUGGAAGAGAGACCAAAACACGGUGGGUAGUCUGGUCCACGAUGGAACAUGACAAGGACCUUGUCAAACUGGACCCCGACGGGCUUCGUCUCCGAUGGCGGGAGGCAGGCAUGCGGGAUAAGACUGAUAAUGAUUUGGAAUUGAAGCUGAAUUUGCGGGUCUGA